AUGGCACGCGCCCGCGAUCCAACAGGUAGAAAUGGAGUUGAACUGCUGUCGGACGUGAGUUUACGUCGACCGUUGGUCGUACGAAAUAAUUGGUCGCCGGAUUGUGUAUUGUGCGAUCGAUAUUAUCUCACGUCGUAUAGAAGAAUUAUUCCCUUCAGAAACCCAACAUGUUAUUUCAUUCCUUAUUACAAAGAAGGGAAUAAAGUUAGCCCUAAUAGAGGGAAACUUUAUGAUAAGUAUUGCAAUAUCAAAAAAGAAAUUAGAAAAAUCAGUACACAAAAUAUUAAUAAACCUUGUAAUAAACAAAAUGAAGUUUUCUCAAAUGAAGAAGAUAUUUUAGAUUCACUUGUUUGGUUAAAGCACAAUAUUGAACCGGAAUUUAAAUUAUAUCAGCUAUGGUCAGAAACUGCUCAUUAUCGUUUAAGUAAACAUACUAUUGAUAAUAAUGAUAAUCUUAAAUAUCCUGCAUUAAAAAAACCAACAGGUCACAUACUUAUUAAUAUGGAUUUUGAUCAUUUAUUCCCUAAAAAAGACCAAUGCCUAAUCCAAAAAUUUGACAUUUUUAAAGAAAAGUUGAAAUUAUAUUUAAAAAACAAAGAUAUUAAUUUGAAUUUGAAUGAACAAAACUUGGUUAAGAAAAUUUUAACACCUGAUAUAUUGGGAGAUGAUGAUUUAGCUGUAAUUCAAUUAUUACCUUACCUAUUCAAGCCAGUAAAUAUUAAAGUCCCCAAAAAAUCAACAACUGAUGGGAAUGUUUCAAAGUACUUAAUGAGGAAACCAUCAAAACUGGAACAAGCUAGUGCUGUCAUAGUCAACAUUACCAAUGUGAAUGAUCUCAAGACUACUCAUGAACGUAAGAUCGACAGAGCAUUCAACUGUGGUCUAACGGUUCAACCCUACGUUGCCAUUGUGGGGAAUCAAGAAUCAAAUUCAAAUGAUACAAUUGGCUACUAUACAGUAAUAAAUGAUAUUUACUAUAAACUUGAAACCCCCAUUAAAGCAUUAGACACAUGCUUCAAAUCAUUUCACGCAUUAAAUUUGCAAUAUCCCCAAGAAGCCGAACAAAUUUGGUGGUUUAUACAGGAUUUUUUUUUUAAAAUAACAGAUGAAUCAAAAAAAAAGUUUAUAGGAGUACAGUGUUUGAUAAAAGAUUAUUGGAAUCAAUAUAGGAAAUUACAACAUUUAUUGUAA